UUCUAUCACUAUCACGAAUUUCGCCCUUAUAGGGCCGGGGUUUUUUGGGGGCUUAUCUGCCUCCUUGAUGCCCACCGAACACUGUUGUCCACGCGCCUUCGGGGAUGGAUUGGCAGGAUGGAUUUACAUUUCAUUUUUCUGUUUUGCCAUACUUUUACUUCUGUUACUUUCCUUCCAUACUUUUAUAACUUUUGUUUGAAUCUGUGUGUGUGUGUGUGCGUGUUUGCGCGCGCGUGUGUGUGCGUGUGUCCCCUUUAAGUCGCCUCUUACGACAGGCAGGGGAUACCGUGGCGGUAUUCUAAUUCCCCCAAGCCACAGGGGCCAACGAUUUCCGCUAUACAUAACGCGCCGAUACACUCUCCGUUGGCAAGAGUCCUGAGAAGCGGCGUUUGGUACCCCAACAGGGGUUGGGAAUGGGAUAUAAAUGAUAUAUGGGUAUAAAGGGUAUGUUUAAAUGUAUAGCGGAUACCGGCAUAUAAAGAAUACAGGGAUGGAUCGUCCGAAGACAGACUGACAUGCUUUCGCGUGAGUUACCUGGGGGUGUCUGAGACCCCCUAAAAUCAUGAUCUUUUGAUAGCAAAGGCAUGUCCAGUCUUUUUGUAUCCGUAGUUACUGAAGUCAACAUUUGUCAACAUGGGGUACAACAGGAGGUUAAAAUUUGGUACAGCUCUUACUGUACUAAUAGUUUUAUUUGCUGUUUAUUAUAGAAAUACAGAAAACGUUCUUCAGAAACGUUUACAGGCUUUAAUUCACGGGUUAGAAAAGCUUGAGAACAAACAUGUGGUAACUUCCAGGCCGAAGGUUGCAAUAGGUUAUGGUGUUUGUACUGACGUCUAUGUUAAUGCUAAACAGUUACUUGCAUAUUCUAAAGAAAUUGGACGACCCGAACAUUUUGACGAAAUCAACACGGAAAUAGAGCUUUUGAAAAGUUUUGCUUAUUACUUUCGUCAUGGAGCUGCUGCGGAGAGAUACAUGGCUAAUCGUACGUUGUUUGAUGCACUGGUUACCAAAGCUAGAUCAUUUCCAUCAUCAUAUUCUACCAUUGGUGGUAAUGCAGCAAUCAUGGCAUUAAGAUUUGCACAAGAGGGAUGCGAUGUUACACUCGCUGCAAAGCUGACUAGAUCUUUGCAUCAAAUGAUACCCCAAGUUAUUAAUAUUAUUGGAGGUGAGGCAAAGAGGGAUGACAUUCAUUUAGUUAUAGAAUAUAAACACGGAGAUGUGUGGGGCCCAUAUUCUAGUGCUAGAGCUAAUAGGUAUAUAGUUCAUAAUGAUGCCAAUAAUCCAAUGCUUAGUUCUCUUGAUGCAUUUAAUAAGAUUUUAUCAACAUAUGACCCUCAUUUACUUGUUAUCAGUGGUUUACAAAUGAUGGAUAAUUAUCCAUUUCCAGAUGGUGAAAGGGAAACACUUUUGCUUAAAGUAAAGAAGCAGAUGGUGGAACGACCUCCAUCUACUAAGAUCCAUUUUGAAAUGGCUUCAUUUGCAGAAGAGAAGUUGCUCUUUGAAUUGUGUGAUUCAGUUAUACCAUUUGCUGAUAGUUUAGGGAUGAACGAGCAAGAGAUAGCUAAUUUACAUAAUGCGAUGUAUUAUGGGAACAUAUCUUUAGUAGCAAAUUCAACGCCGCGUAUCGCGACAGUUUUAGAUCAGAUGAGAACGUUAUUCGUACUUAUUCGUAUGAGAAGCAAAAACAUUCCUCAUUCUCGACAACUGACAAGAAUUCAUGUACAUACAUUAGCAUAUCAAGCUAUAUUUACUGCCAAAAAUACUAUGUGGAAAAAUACAAUGGGUGCAGCAGCUAAAGCAUCGUUAACAGCACAUAGACACGUAUGUGCAACGAGUCACGUUGAUAUUAGGAAAGCUGCUUUAAUUUUAGACGACAGUUUUUCAACCUCUAUCGUCGACGGUACUAGAAUUGCACUGGAUAUCGAGAAACCAGUAUCCUGUUGGGACGAAGCGUUGAAAGUAGGAAACGAAAAUAUUCCUAUUCAGGUUUGCGUUGCACCGGUGUUGGUCUGCACCGAAGCAGCUCAGACCGCAGGUGGUGGCGAUAAUAUUUCAAGCGCUGGUCUUGUGUUACAAAUAUAA